CCCGGAUGAAAGCCUCCGCCAUUUUUCCUCCAGUUUCACCGGCGGACGCGCUUCAGUACCAUUCAGGCUGCAGCUGCUGGCUUGUGCGAGGGCCUGCUGCUUCACUCACACUCCUUUUCUUCAAAUCCGUAGUCCACUCGUCGCACAUUAUUCACUAUGGCUAACCGGGAGGAUUUAGUAUAUCAAGCUAAGCUUGCUGAACAAGCAGAGAGAUAUGACGAAAUGGUUGAGUCAAUGAAGAAGGUGGCUGGAAUGGAUGUGGAGCUUACAGUUGAGGAGAGAAACCUGCUGUCAGUGGCCUACAAGAAUGUCAUUGGAGCCAGAAGAGCAUCCUGGAGGAUAAUUAGCAGCAUUGAGCAGAAAGAAGAAACCAAGGGUGGGGAGGACAAAUUGAAGAUGAUCCGGGAGUACAGGCAAACAGUUGAAACGGAGCUGAAAACAAUUUGCAAUGACAUCCUUGAUGUGCUGGACAAGCACCUAAUUCCGGCUGCUAAUUCAGGAGAGUCCAAGGUGUUCUACUACAAAAUGAAGGGUGACUACCACAGGUAUCUCGCUGAGUUUGCCACAGGAAACGACAGGAAGGAGGCUGCAGAAAACAGUUUGGUUGCUUACAAAGCUGCUAGUGAUAUUGCAAUGACAGACCUUCAACCUACACACCCCAUUCGCUUGGGUCUCGCUUUGAACUUCUCCGUAUUCUACUAUGAAAUCCUCAAUUCUCCUGACCGUGCAUGCAGGUUGGCAAAGGCAGCAUUUGACGAUGCUAUUGCUGAGCUUGACACGUUGAGUGAAGAAAGCUACAAGGACUCCACACUCAUCAUGCAGUUGUUACGUGAUAAUCUGACACUAUGGACUUCAGAUAUGCAGGGAGAUGAUUCCUAAAGGGUAUUAAGUUAAUUGCCCACAAACUGUAUUUGUGAGGAACAGAAUAAAGAGGCGCUGCAAGAUGCGGAGGAUGAGAACCAGUGAAACAUCACCGCCAAUAUCAGACUCCAGCCCACUCGCCCCCUUCCCAAAGUCCACUCAUAAAAGUGGCCACAAAGCCCAACCUCAAGAAUGACAUGCAACAGCUUGAUGCCUCUGUUGUGUUUUUUUUUUCCUGUUUUUAUUUUAUUAUUUUGUUGGUUUUUUGUCCUAGUUUUAUUUUUAAUGUUUUUUUAUUUUUUAUUAUCCCUUUAAUUGAAACAAGAAACCACUUCUGAAACAGACAUCAACUGUAAUUUCUGAUGGGCAGAGCUUAGAGAAUUUUUGAAUUUUUCUUUUUUUUGUGUGUGUCCUGGUACAAUGUUCCUUUUUUUUUUUUUUUUUUAAGUUUAUUUGCUUUGUUCCUCAACAUUUUAUCAGUUGCUGGAUAUAUUUGAGUUUUUCUUAAUGUAAUUGCAAAAUUAACUUUUAUUACUAUUACUGAUAUGUCUACUAUUAGGCUAUUAGUUGUUGGAGCUGUAAUAUUUGUGUUAGUGCAAUUAUCAAAUGCAGUUAAAUGAUUAAACCUUGGAAAGGGCAUGUCCAAAAUAAAGUGCUCUUUUUGUCAAUUUAGAUUUUCAGAGCAAGUUUGCAAUUUUCUUUAUCCAUGUGGAGCAAUUGCUUAACAUCACAAAGUAGGAGUUAUGUAGUGAUACUUAGCAGUGGUGCGGACUGUAAUUUGUGCUAAAAUACUGUAUUAUGCACAUAGGCUGAUGGUGGAUGGAUAGUUGCCGCUCUAAAAAUUGAAGGAGCCUUGUUGCUUUUAGAACUUAAAAUGCAGGUCUCCAUUGGCUGUUUGAAAAUAUUAAAAAGCACUAAUAAAGUUGAUUUUAAGCUCUAAGUAUAUGAAAUAAUCUUCUCCCUUCUUCCCCAAAAUUUAUAUAUUGCCUACAAUUUCAUCUGUAUUUUUUGUUUAUAUUUAAUUUGAUGCUAAUUUGUACUACUACUGGAAAUUUGACUGGAGCCACAGAAAAAGAAUCUGUAUUAGUGUUCUUAUAGAGAAACAGCAUGGAAAUAACAUGAGUUAAAAUAAAACUGCCUCUAAUAAAAACUUUUGUCAUUUAA